AUGGCCCAGACAUCAUCCCACAAGCUGUCUACGAUUUCCGAUGCCACUUCUUCGUUAUCACAACUUGCAAGCUUCUCCUCUGCUCAUGACGGAUGCGGGAUCUUCAAUGUCAAUGGGCCUCCGCAAAUGCAGACUGAUUUCUUCAUGCACAAUAUGGCGCCGGCUGAUAUUUCGCUAUUUGACAAAAAUUUCACCGGUUCUCUAACAAACCCGAUGUGGAAUGUGCAACCAAUGUUGACGGAGAAUGUGACCUUAGCCGAUCGGAAGACUGGGACUCGUUCAUGGUCAGUGUCGAUGAUAUCGUGGCAGAAGUGGUGGAGUCGUGGAUACUGA